AUGUCCAAGGUCGCAACAGUCAAAGAGGUUGUCAAGGAGAAGCUCGUCGGCUCGCAUGAGCCCGAGCAGCUCUCCGCGCAGACCAAGGCGCGCUUCAACCGCCACGCCGUCCAGGACCUUGAGACUGGCGAGCUAUACCUCGGGCCCGAGCAGUUCAUCGAUGCGGUCGCGCCGCAUAAUGAAGACUAUCACAAAAUCAAGCGGGAGCAGUAUUCAAUCCUCUUCCACGUUGCUGACCGGACCAACAAGGGCAAAGUAACGCUGGCCGAUUGGGGCUACUUUGAGAACAUUCUCAGCAAGCCCGAUGCCGAGUAUGAGAUCGCUUUCCGGUUGUUCGACAUCGACCGCCUCGGCACCGUCAAAUAUGAAGACUUCCGCAAACUGUACGAGCUGAACAAGGGCCCCGACAGCAUCCCGUUUGACUGGAACUGCGAGUGGGCAAAGCUAUACAUUGGCGGCAAGACAAAGAGGCACGACUUGAAUUACCAACAAUUCUCGCAGAUGUUGCGCGGGCUGCAGGGUGAGCGCGUGCGACAGGCCUUUCAACGGUUCGACGUGGACGACGACGGGUUCAUUGAGCCUGAGGAGUUUGCGACAAUCAUCAAGCAGACAGCCAGCCACAAGCUCUCGGACCACCUGCUCGAAAACCUGCACACGCUGUGCAACAUCGCCCAGGGCAGCAAGGUCUCGUAUGCCAACGUGCGGGCCUUCCUGAACAUGAUCAACGAGAUGGAUUUGGUCGAGCUCAUUGUCCGACGCGCCUGCUCCAAGAGCAAGGAUGGCCGCAUCACCCGGGCCGAGUUCCUCAACCAGGCCGCCAAGACAACCCGAUUCUCGCUCUUCACUCCGAUGGAGGCCGACAUCCUGUUUCACUUUGCCAGUCUCGAUGAACCCUCCGGCCGGCUGGGCCUCCGGGACUUUACCAAGGUGCUCGACGCCACAUGGCGCAGGCGCGACGAGGGGGACGACGGUCGCGCCUUUGGCGGGGAGCAUAAGUCCAUGGGCCAGAACUUCCUCGCACAGACCAUCGAGUCAGCAUACAACUUUGGUCUGGGCAGUAUCGCUGGUGCCUUUGGCGCCUUCAUGGUGUACCCUAUUGAUCUCGUCAAAACCCGGAUGCAGAACCAGCGGGGUGCCGACCCCGGCCAGCGGUUGUACAAGAACUCGAUUGACUGCUUUAGGAAGGUUGUCCAGAACGAGGGGUUCAGGGGCUUGUACUCGGGCGUCCUCCCGCAGCUCGUCGGCGUCGCCCCCGAGAAAGCCAUCAAGCUUACCGUGAACGACCUUGUCCGCGGCUGGUUGACUGAUAAGCAGGGCAAGAUUUGGUGGGGUUCGGAAUUGCUUGCUGGUGGUGCUGCCGGCGGUUGCCAAGUCGUCUUCACCAACCCUCUCGAAAUUGUCAAGAUCCGCCUCCAGGUCCAGGGCGAGGUGGCCAAGAGCGUUGAGGGCGCGCCGAAACGAUCAGCCAUGUGGAUCGUCCGCAACCUUGGUCUGGUCGGCCUGUACAAGGGCGCGUCGGCGUGCUUGCUCCGAGAUGUGCCGUUCUCAGCCAUCUACUUCCCGACGUACUCGCACCUGAAGAAGGACCUCUUUGGCGAAUCGCCAACCAAUAAACUCGGCGUCCUCCAGCUGCUCACGGCCGGUGCCAUCGCCGGCAUGCCCUCGGCGUACCUCACCACGCCGUGCGACGUCAUCAAGACUCGCCUCCAGGUCGAAGCGCGUAAGGGCGACACGACCUACACGGGCCUGCGGCAUGCGGCCAAGACCAUCUGGAAGGAGGAGGGCUUCAGGGCCUUCUUCAAAGGCGGCCCCGCGCGUAUCUUCCGGUCAUCGCCCCAGUUCGGUUUCACGCUGGCCGCCUAUGAGUUGCUCCAGAACCUGCUCCCGUCCCCUGGCAAGGUGGCUGAGGCGAAGAGCAUUGGGGGGGUUGUGCCAACGCUGAGGGAGAAAGCAGCCGAUACCCCGUUCUACCGCUCACGCAACGCGCUCAAGAUCCUGCUCGAUCUGGAUGGGAACUUUGGGCGGACACCGCUUGGGCCGAAUGCACAGGGUUGGAAAUCUCUGCCCGGCUGGAUGGGGAGAAAGACGGCGUAG